CAAAACCCAAUCACAAGAUAAGGGGAGGGAUUUCAUCACUCUUUCCUUGGCCCACAACAACUUAAUUUCUUCAUUUGCAUUUCCCUAGCCUUUUAAUAAAAUUGAAUUAGACGUUAGCCCCUAGGAUUUCGCGCUCAACUAGGAAGGUACCUAAAAGACGAGAUAAUCUUUUAUUAUUCCGACUCUUCGGUGUCUAGGCAAGCGAAAGCUUACCUGGCCGAUUAAGGUUUGGUGUCUAAGCGCGGAGAUUGGCCUCUUGGCAAUGCCUGCUCCAAACUGGCCAGACCGGUCCGAAUAAUUUUGGAUUUAUCGAGUUUUUGGUGGUCCUUAACGUUAGGAGCAAGGUCUAGUUCAUUUUUAUUAGGGAACCAUAGAAUUAAGUUUUUCUUUCACUUUUACACCCUUUCUUUUGUGUGAUUUAAUUUCUCGCACUUAUUUGCUACGUGUUUACUAUCUAGUUUAUGCGAACUACUUGGGUUAGGAGCGAAUCGUCUAGAUUAGUUAGACCGAUCAUCGAAAUUCCUUCUUCGUCCUCUUCGGACUCCGAACCCAUAGAAGCUAGCGAACCGAUAGUAAACAUGGCGUUGUCUCUUAAAGACCGAUGUUACCCAUCCCGUUCCGCUCAACCAUCGUGCAUCACCCUUCCUCCAGUUAAUGGGAAUAAUUUCGAGAUUAAGGCACAUCACAUUAGUAUGUUGCCUAAAUUUUUAGGGAGUGAAGGUGAGGAUCCCUAUCUUUUUAUCCAAGAAUUUGAGGAGGUUUGCGGUUUGCAAAAACUCCAACAAUUGAGCGAAGAUUCCAUUCGGCUUAGACUAAUCAACUUUGCUUUAAAAGAAAAUGCUAAAAAAUGGUUGUAUAGUCUACCCGUCAAUUCUAUUUCCACUUGGGAGGGGUUUGUGGUAAUGUUUCUUAAAAAGUAUUUUCCAAACCAUAAAACGACUCGAAUUACAAAUGAAAUAAAUCAAUUCCAUCAAAGGGAAAAUGAGUCUUUUUGGAAAUUCUUUGAUCGUUUCAAAAAUCUUUUAUCACAAUGCCCCCACCAUGGAAUAGAGAAAUGGAGACUUUGUAAGAUUGUGUACGAGGCCUUAGAUAGUCAAACAACCGCUUUGUUAGAAUCUAUGUGCCAAGGCAAAUUCAUGGAAAAAGAUGAGGACCAAGGGUGGGAAUUUUUCGAGGACUUAGCCGAGAAAACAAUGUUAUGGGAGUCUACUAGGGAACCUAAAAAGUCGAUCGAGGCGUCUAGCUCUAGGGGUUUGCACUCGAUAGGAAACAAUGUGGCAACCGAUGCCAAAUUAGCAACCCUUACUAAGAGACUCGAAGCUUUAGAAUCUCAUAGUGGCCCCUCAUCUUUGCCUAUGUUCCCGAACUAUAAUGCUCCCCAUCCCGAGAUCCAACAAUCUCACGAUUUUGAGCAAGUGAACGCAAUGUUCCAACCCAAGCCUAGAAAUGAUCCUUUUGCACCUACUUACAACCCCGGGUGGAAGAAUCACCCGAAUUUCUCGUGGAACCAAGGGCAAAAUUUUCAAACUCCACAACCUAAUUUCCCUAGGCCCAAUCCCAACUCUUUUCCGAAUUAUCAAAACCCGAGUCAAGCUCCGUUGAAUCCUCCCGGUUUUAAUGAUUCGGAUAAGAGACUCAAUUCCUUAGAAAAGAGCAUAGAGGCCUUAGUGAAAUCGCAAACUAACUUGACCCAAUCCCAACAAACCUUCAUGCAAACUUUAACCCAAGAUAGGCAACUUUUGCAUUCUAAUGUGCAAGCCGUCUCUAAGUUGGAGUCCCAAUUGAGUCAAUUAGCGAGCACGUUGUGUGAACGAGAAAAGAACAAGUUCCCAAGUCAACCGGAGCCGAACCCAAAAUUUCCACUUAAUCAAAGACCCCCGGAUAAUGUGCAUUCGGUCAUUUCUCUUAGGUCGGGUAAACAAGUUGAUACCCAAGUUGGUGAGAACCUCGAGUUCAAAAGCCCGUGA